CCCGGAUUCGAGCCUCCACUCCGAUCAGCUGGCACGGCGGUGACUGCUUGGCACUUCCGCCUUCCCUGUCGCGAGUGGGGACGUUGGCUUUCACCGCCCAGAAGUGGGGCCGGGAACUGAAGCGGCUGCAGGUGUAAGGGAUCAGCUGUUGCAGUGCGAAGCGGCUGCUUGCUCUGUUUUUAGGAAGAGCUAAAGAUGGCUGAAUUUCUAGAUGACCAGGAUAUUCGACUGUGUGGCAACUGCAAAAAAGAAAUUCCAGUGUUUAACUUCACCAUCCAUGAGAUCCACUGUCAGAGGAACAUUGGUGUCUGUCCUAUCUGCAAGGAGCCGUUUCCCAAGUCUGACAUGGAGACCCACAUGACUGCGGAACACUGUCAGGUGACUUGCAAAUGCAACAAGAAGUUUGAGAAGAUGCAGUUAAAGAAGCAUGAGGAGACCGAGUGCCCUCUGCGGCUUGCUGUCUGCCAGCACUGCGACUUGGAGCUUUCUGUUCUCAAACUGAAGGAACAUGAAGAUUACUGUGGUGCCCGGACAGAGCUUUGCAGCAGCUGUGGGCGCAAUGUCCUCGUGAAGGAUCUGAAGACUCACCCUGCAGUCUGUGGGAGGGGGGAGGAGGAAAGCAGGGACCAGGCUGCCGGGGCUCCUGCGGCGUGCGAUGAGUCUCGGGGCCAAGAUGGAAUGUGGGCUGCGUCCCAGCUCCUCAGGCACAUCGAGGCCCUGGACCCACCCACCAGGCUGCCCCGAAGGCCCCUGCGAGCCUUCGAAUCAGACCUUUUCCACAACAGGACUGCCAACCAAAGGAAUGUGACGGCGCGUUUUCCAGUUCAGAAUAAUCUAUUUGAAGAACAAAUGCAGGAAAAGGAUAGAGGCCAAAAGCUCCCACCAAAGGGUGGUGAAGACACUGCAAACUUGGACUUCAUGUUGGCCCUGAGUCUGCAGAACGAGGGCCAGACCCCCAGUGUGGCCGAGCAGGACUUCUGGAGGGCCGUGUGUGAGGCGGACCCAUGUCACGGUGUUGCCCAGUUUCGGAGUGACGCCAAGGGUACAGCUGACGAGACCAUGUUGCCUUGUGAGUUUUGUGAGGAGCUCUACCCAGAGGAACUGCUGAUUGACCAUCAGACAAGUUGUAACCGUUCACGUGCCUUACCUUUGCUCAGUACUGGCAGCUCUCCCCCGAGGCGGGUGGAGGAUCCUGACGUCGUCUUCCAGAGCUUUCUGCAGCGGGCUCCAAGUAAUCAGUGGGAUUCUUUGAUGGGCCUGAGUGACUCACCCCCUGUGGAAGACAGUAUCAUCAUCCCAUGUGAAUUUUGUGGCGUGCAGCUGGAGGAAGAGGUGCUAUUCCAUCAUCAGGACCAGUGUGACCAACGUCCAGCCACAGCCAGCCACCAUGUGCUGGACGGAAUUCCUCGGCAAGACUCCCAGCCUCCCGAGACCUCAGCAGAGCUGCCCAGGAGGCGUGUCAAACACCAGGGAGACCUGUCCUCUGGUUACAUGGAUGAUACCAAGCAGGAAGCAGCUAAAGGACCCACCUACUCUCUGCCCCCCAGCAGAGCUGUUACUAUGACAGCCGGUUGUAAUCGGCUGUCAAAGUCCCCGUCCGCCUCGAGGCCUAGCUGCCAGCCCAGCCCCUCUCGUGUGGUCAAGCUUAGCACCUCGGAUGGCCAGGACAUGCGGGCGCGGACUCGAGGCAGCCCGGGUGGGCCCCCGGCUGCGGGGCCUGUCCCAGCCAUGCACCCUGUGCGCAGCCUGUGUGCAGAAGGCCUGGCGCCCUCCUUACCCCGGGGGCCCGCAGGGAGGCCCGCAGCCAGCAGUAGGAGCUUCCGAGUCACCCCUGCCGCCCCCAGUUACCGCAGCAGGAGUGCGAAGGCGAAGCCCCCGAAGCAGCCGGGAGCCGGGGAUGCCGAGGAUGCGGAGGAUGAGGUGGAGGAGGAGGAGGAGGAGUGAUGGCGCCUGGGCCCGCCCUUCUGUGCAUAGCAGCACUUGCCACGGAUCCGGCCUCCCCGGCUCUUUAGGCAGGGGGGUUUCCAGAUUUUAACUUUUUCUAGGCUAUGGCCAUUUUGUGUCUUUGAGAUUGUGUCGUGAGAGUCCGGGGUGCAGGGAGGGAGCCAGGCGCACCUCAGCUGCCACUGGGCGCAGCGGGCACUGUGUCCGGGGAGGGAGAGGCGGCCUCUGGGGACCUGCAGCCCCGAGAAGCGAUGGUCUUCCCUGGGGGCCACCGAGUGGGUGUGCGGGCGACCCUCGUGUUACCGCCCUGCCUGCCUCAGUCCCCGGCCCCAGCGUGGGACGGCGCUGCCAGAGUGCUUGGCCGGUGGCACCGCCAGGAGGGAGCCGACGGAAGGUGUGGCCUGGGGUGUCUGAAGCUGCUUUGUCUGGCAUCACUGUCUCUGCUCCGGGAGGUGUCGUGGCCCCUUUGUCCUCGGCCCUCUGUGUGGGUGCGGGCUGCUGGCCCCGCCGGCCGCAGCCUGGGCUUCCUUUGGAGAUCACGUGUCAGGCUCCUUCCCUUCCUUCUAUCUCACUGUAAUUAUCACCCUCCUUGUAAUAGAAAUAAAAUUUGUACUCGGCGCUCA